UAACCUAGCAGUGACAUCAGCACUGUUGCUUACAUGGCAGGCUUGUCAAACCGGUGUUGGAGGCUGCAAGAGCACUGACACCAUUCAGACCAGGAGAAACCCACCUGUGUCGCUGCCUUAGGUGUGCUGGGCUCGCUCUCGGUUUAAAUAAUCCCAGACUCAGGUUUUCUUACCGAGUUGCGCACAUGGGAAGAAGGAGAGACAACUUUAGAUGAAACGGUGCAUAAAGUGAAACGAGAAAAGAAGAGACCCUACUGCGUAAAGAAGAGAUAGCACUCAAAGAGGAUGGAAACGAACGGGAUCGAAAAGAAAAACGGUAUGGAGGGCGAUAUGGACCUCCAGUUCCUCCUGCAGGGGGGAGACCUCCUCAAGGUCCGCUCCUCGUCCUGGAAGAAGACCCGCUACUUCAAACUCCAGGAGGACUGCAAGACCAUGUGGCACGAAUCCAAGAAAACCUUCAAGACAAACCAGACCUUUUCACUUGAUGACAUCUCAGCGGUGCGAAUGGGCCGUCAGUCAGAGGGCCUGAGGAAGUACACAGGGGAGCAGGUGGAGGGCCGCUGCUUCUCCAUCAUGUUCAAGGCCCGCCGCAAGAACCUGGACCUCAUCGCCAGCUCGGAGGAGGAGGCCAAGCAGUGGGUCAACAGCCUGCAGAAGAUGCUCUCCAACAUGAGCAAACUCACCCUCCAGCAGAAGACAGAGCACUGGAUCCUCAGCUGCCUGAGGAAGGCGGACAAGAACGAGGAUGAUAAGCUGAGUCAGUCAGAGGUGAAGAACUUCAUGCGUCUGAUUAACAUUGAAGUGGACGACGUCUACGCAGAGAUGCUCUUUAAGAAAUGUGACAAAUCAAAAUCUGGAUACCUGGCUGGAGAGGAAAUAAAACAUUUCUAUGACCUGUUGACCCAUCGGGAGGAAAUCGACGUGAUCUUCGGAGAGUACGCUAAAACGACGGGCUAUAUGAGUCCAGAGAACCUGGUGGAAUUCCUGAUGAAAGAACAGAGAGAGAAAGCCACACUGGCUGACGCACACCAGAUUAUCGAGAAGUGCGAGCCAGAUGAAAAUGCCAAGCAGAAAAAGCUGCUGUCCAAAGAUGGUUUUCUCAUGUACUUGCACAAUCCGGACGCCUUGGUCCUCAAUUCCGAUCACAGAGAGGUGUACCAGGACAUGAGCCAUCCCCUCAACCACUACUUCAUCUCCUCCUCGCACAACACCUAUCUCAUGGAGGAUCAGCUCAAAGGGCCCAGCAGCACGGAGGCUUAUAUCAGGGCUCUGCUGAAGGGCUGCCGCUGUGUGGAGCUGGACUGCUGGGACGGAUCAGAUGAUGAGCCAGUGAUCUACCACGGCUACACACUCACCUCUAAGAUCCUCUUCAGAGACGCGAUCCAAGCCAUCAAAGAGUAUGCCUUCAAGACAUCCGACUACCCAGUUAUCCUCUCCUUGGAGAACCACUGCAGCGUGGAGCAGCAGGAAGUCAUGUCCCACCACAUGAGAUCCAUCCUGGGCAGUGCACUCGUCACUUCCCCCCUGGGGGAUAGCAUGCCCACAGAAUUCCCAUCUCCUGAGGAACUGAAGGGGAAGUUCCUGAUCAAAGGGAAGAGGUUAAACAAACUGGAGGCCAGCUUUGCUGCUGAGGCGGAAGCAGCUGAUGACACGGAUGUGACGGAGGAGGAAGAGUCAAAUAACGAAGAUGAGGAGGAACAGAAGAAGGAAAACCAAAGCAAGCAGAAAAAGAAGCUGAAAAUGGCCAAAGGGCUGUCCGACAUGGUGAUCUACUGUAAGAGCGUCCACUUCAACGGCUUUGAGGACGCAAGAAAAAACCAGAGCUUCUACGAGAUGUCGUCCUUCAACGAGGGAAAGGCCUUGACGCUGGCAGAGGAGUCGGCUAAUGCCUAUGUCCGUCACAAUGUGGACAAGCUGAGCCGCAUCUAUCCAGCAGGCAUCAGGACCGACUCCUCCAACUACAACCCAGUGCCUCUGUGGAAUGCCGGCUGCCAAAUUGUGGCCUUAAACUUCCAGACAUCCUGCCCAGACAUGGAUGUUAACCAGGGCAGAUUCCUGGUUAACGGAAAGAACGGCUACAUCCUGAAACCAGCCUACAUGAGGGACAGAGGCACCGAGUUUGACCCCAUCACCCUGACCCGAGGAGACUGGCUGAAGCACAAGACGCUGCAUGUCAUGGUUAUAUCAGCCCAGCAGCUUCCCAAAGUGAACCAGAAGAAAUCGUCCAUUGUGGACCCGCUGGUCAAAGUGCAGGUGUACGGAGUGCCGGAUGAUGUUGCUGAAAAAGAGACCAAUCCUGUUGAUAACAAUGGCUUUAACCCAACGUGGAACGAAAACUUCCAGUUCAAUGUGUACGUGCCAGACCUUGCAAUGGUGCGCUUCGCCGUUGAGGACCAUGACACCACGUCCGAUAAUGAGUUUGUUGGACAGUUCACACUUCCAUUCAACAGCUUAAAAAUGGGAUACAGACACGUGCCUCUGCUCAAUAAGAACGGAGACGUUCUCCCUUCAGCUGGACUCUUUAUACACAUCAUGGUCCUCGAUGCUGAGUAAAAACAUCAUCGACUGGAAUGCGCCUCUGCAGGGACCUCCAUUACACAGCCAUGUUUUAGUUGGUUUUAAUUCUUUGUUUUGGAUCUAUAGCUUUAGUUCAUAAUUAUCUGAUUGGCUUGAUUGCAGUAGUUUGAGCAGCUGCUGUAAAACAUUCUUCUCAAGGGACAGUAGUGUGUUGAAGUCUUCAUCUGCAACUGUAAAUUAGUUAGUAAACUGGGUUUGCUAGACUUUAUAAUGCUCCAUAUGUCACAUUACAGGGACUGUAGACGCAAAUUGUUUAAAUUGGUUUGUAUGAGUUGCACUAGUGUUUUACCAUGUUUAGUUUAAGAUUGGAUUUUUUUUAAAGCUUGUGUCCCUCAUUUCUGGUCGUUUAAUGUAUUGUCUAUUUAAAUAUUUUUACUCAGAUGACCAUUUAUGAAUUUUGGAGAAACGCAAGCUAAAAAAACAAUGUGCUUUGUCAAGUAAUAUUUUUAGUCAUCAAUUAUAUUAUUUUUUCAUGUGACAUCAUCACAAUUACUUCUUUAUCUUUUUGUAAAUCAAGAUUAAGAUAAAGGUUUCAAACAUGAACA